AUGUACAACGUCAGCACCAAGGUCGAGUGGGACGCAAUCGUCGCGACGGGCCAGCCAGUCGUCGGCGACUUUUGGGCGCCGUGGUGCGGCAAGUGCCGGCAGAUCUCUGGCUUUGUCGAGAUCCUUGCCGAGGACUAUCCCAACGUGGCCUUUGUCAAGAUGAACACGGGCGAAGAGGGCGUCCAAGACAUCAAAGCUGCGCUCGACGUGCAGGUGCUGCCGACCUUCCGCUUCUUCAACGGCGGCGUCGAGGUCGGGACCCCCGUGACGGGCUACAAGAAGACACCGCUCGAAGAACAGGUCAAGGCGCUUGCUGCAUAG